AUGACCGACGUAGACCAGUGGAAGUGUGCGAGCUUCAAGCAGGAGGAGGAUCACAGCGAGGCGACAGAUGCGUUGCUCGAACGCAUCAAUGCUACCGCCAUUCCUGUUCUCUUGCGCAGUACCAAUUCGAGCUUGGACGAUCUCGUUAAUGAGCUUUUGGCUCUCGAGAAAAUGGCGCGCCUAGGUGGUGAUGCUCUGUCGGCAAAACGUCUUGUAGUUGAAAUAUUGCGGAUCUACCGCGUUCAUGGAGAUCACGAAAAAAUGCUUGACACAUUGGAAACUCUCAUGCGCAAGCGUGGGCAAACCAAACAAUCACAGGGUGCCAUGAUCGCUGAAUGCGGUGUCCUCCUCACUGAAGGCAAUCUGUCACGUGAGCAGCGCCGCAUCGUGUUGGAGCGCGUAGUGCAUCUUACUGACAGCCGUAUCCAUGUGGAGCUUGAGCACGUGCGAUUCGCUAUCGACUUAGCGAAGUUAAUGGAGGACGAUGGGGAGAAGCGGGCGGCGUGCGACUUGCUCAGUGGGUUGCAUGUGGAAACAGUGACAAAUAUGCCCCGCGUGGAGAAACUCGAUGCUCUUAACCGCUUGAUCCGGUUGUGCCUCGAGUUGGAGGAUUAUGAGCUCGCGCGGCUUGUGUCGCGCCGAAUAAACCACCGUGCCCUGUCAAGACCCGGGGCCUUGCAGGCGAAGCUUAAAUAUUUCGAACUGAUGCGCGAAUAUUUCGCGCAGCGCCGUUCUUACUUCCAUGUGGCUCGCUGUUGGUACGAGACAUUCCUUUCCGAAACGGAUGAAACAGCCUGUGUUUCAGCCCUAAGCAGCAUGGCGGUGCACUAUCUUAUCGCCGAGCACUCGUCGCCAAAGGAACUGGAGGAUCAUGCUGAGUGCGCUGCCUUUUCCCCCGCCACAAAAUUUGCCGACCGCACGGCAGCAAUUCAAGGCAUCACUACUACUCUGAGGAAGCGGUUGGAGGAGAAUCCGCAACUUCAAUACCUACUGGAGAAGUUUACGAGUAUUGAACUCAUACGUGAGCGUGUUGCUGAUGAUGUAGAGGCCCUCUGCAUAAAUCACCCGCAGCUCGCUGGGUUCCCUGAGCGCCAGGCGUUGCUUCGUAGCCGCUGCAGCGAACACGACCUCUUGGUCAUUUCCCGCUUCUAUCGCCGACUGCGUCUUGUUCGACUGGCCGAAUUGGUGGGUCUCACGCCGCAGCACACGGAGGAAUUCCUCAUGAUGAUGGUCGCCUCGCGCACACUGUACGCGAAGAUUGAUCGCGUGGAUGGGUUAGUCGUUUUUGAGGCGAAUAAAAACGCCAAUGAUGUGGUGACGGCAUGGGACGAAGCUGUAGGGCGCAGUGUGGCGCUGUUGGAUAAAGUUUCACACCUUAUUGUAAAGGAGCGUAUGCUACAUAACAUCACUCUCGCCCAAUUGCAACAAUCGGGUGCGACUGCUUCAUAG